CGGCGAAUCGCUCGCAGAUGUCGCCGAUGGAUAAAGCGCCAGGAAGGUUAGUGGAGCGCAGAGGAGGAGCGGGACUCAGAUGGAAAUGGCUCUCUCCAGAGGUUUGAGAUGCUGUCAGAGGGUCUUCGCCUGGAUCCCCGUUCUCAUCAUCGCCGCCGUCGUGCUCUGGUCGUAUUACGCCUACGUGUUUGAGCUGUGUCUCUUUACAAUUAGCAACACACUGGAGAAAGUGGUCUACCUGCUGGUGUUUCAUGUCUGCUUUGGGAUGUUCACCUGGACAUACUGGAAGUCCAUAUUCACCCCUCCUGCUACGCCCUGCAAAAAGUUCCAGCUCUCGUACUCGGACAAGCAGCGGUAUGAGAUGGAGGAGAGACCAGACGCCCAGAAGCAAAUCCUCAUCGAGAUCGCAAAGAAGCUGCCCAUUUUCACCCGAGCCCAGUCUGGAGCUAUCAGGUUCUGUGACCGCUGCCAGGUGCUGAAGCCUGACCGCUGUCACCACUGCUCCGUUUGUGAAACCUGUGUCUUAAAGAUGGACCAUCACUGUCCCUGGGUUAACAACUGUGUUGGUUUUUCCAACUACAAGUUUUUCCUACUUUUCCUGUCCUACUCCAUGCUGUACUGUAUAUUCAUCGCAGCAACGGUCCUUCGGUAUUUCCUCAAAUUCUGGGUGGGGGAGCUGCCAAACGGACCUGCGAAGUUCCAUAUACUCUUCCUCAUGUUUGUGGCAGUCAUGUUCUUCAUCAGUCUCAUGUUUCUCUUCAGUUACCAUUGCUGGCUGGUGGCCAAGAACAGAUCCACUUUAGAGGCCUUCUCAGCUCCGGUAUUUGUCAGCGGACCCGACAGAAACGGGUUCCAUCUUGGCCUACACAAAAACCUGCUGCAGGUGUUUGGAGAAGACCGUAAACUGUGGUUCAUCCCUGUUUUCACAAGCCAAGGGAACGGCCACUACUUCCCUCUAAGGAGUCAGGGCUCUGAAUCCCGUAACCCCUUGCUAGCUAACGAGGACAUGUGGGAGGGGUCAGACGACGGGUCAGAAGAAAGCUUGGUUGAGGACGCAGACCCCUCUGUUACCAUCGAGAUGGAGGAUUAACCCCCCCCCCCACACGCACACACACACACAUGGAUAAUGUUGACUUUUAUUACACACACGCUUCAUUAGGAGGCGUUUGCAUUCCAAAUGGCGUGGACGCCGGGACGCGCUGGUUAGGGUGAGUGGACGACAACCUGCAUUCGGAUCUAUAUUGCCAAUUUUCCCUUAAUGUUUUACAUAACGACGAGGAAAGGAGCUGAAACGGAUAAGAAGCUGCCGUAUGACCUCCGUCCUGUAUGAGUAAGGGUUUUAUUUAGGAACAUAUUACCUCAGUGAGACGAGAAUGUUAUUUAUUCUUGAUGUGUCGGUGUUGCUGAGGAAGCUGGAAGUGUUUGUUGCGCUACAGUGCUAUUUUGACCUGCCUCUGUUUCACAGCUGGGUUGAGUUUGCAGUAUUGCACCUUGGGAAUCCUUCUCAGCGGGAGGGGCGUAUUAAAAAACCUCCACCCUGAGGCCUGCAGAGGUCGAACGUAGGGACCCAGCUGUCCGACCUUAUCAGUCUUGACAUCUCUCCAGUGUAAUGCAAGUUUUCAUUUUUACUCUUACAAAGGUUAUAAUAAGCUUAUUAGGAAAUCUGACUUGACCUGCACCUUUUUAUGUGUGUUUUUUGGAGACGUUUCUCCUGAGAAUGUAUCCACGUCGUCAUCCUUUCCAGUCGAAGCAUGUCGUUGAUGAUUAGGGCGUUUAAUUCAAGAAAAUUUAUUUUGUUUGUUUUUUUUGUUUUCCAGGCAGUAAAGUCAGUAACGUAUCUGAACAGACAUAUCCUACUAAACAAGCACUGAUUUAAACUUUCAGAUUUUUUCUAUUUUUACAUAAGAUUUACUGCAAGUUUGAUGUUUUUUUUUUAUUUCAUUUUUAAGGGCAGUAAUAUUCUGAGAAUCCUGUGUGUCAUGACUUAAAUGGUGUUGGCAAAAAUUUGGGGUGGGCUUAUCGGACAUGCCUGUUGUGAUUAUUAUCUUCAACUAUCGUCUUCGGUCAUAUCAGCUUUCUCAAGUCAGAUUAUUGUACAUAUUUAUUAAACCUGUCCUCACCAACUGGCUGAUAGAGGAUGAUCUUCUACAUUGUGUAAAAUUUGUUUUUUUUUUUUUAAAGUUUGUUUCAGUCUUUGUAAAAUUGUAAUACUUUUGAAUACCAUUGCAGAAUCUUGUGUAUUGUGCUUCUUAAUUUCUGGAACUAAACGCUAUUUGAGUUUUAAAACUUGAAAACAAGAGUUUGGCCUUUUUAAUAAACUUUGCUUUUGGAUCUGGACACUUUAAGAUGCUUCCCAGUCGGUUACCCAUAUCCGCUGCUGCUCCUGUCAGGGAAAUUAUUUUCUUUUUGGUUUUUUUCUGAACCAUGUUCAAGGUGUGAAUAACAUUUAAGGAAAAGCAUUGAUGUUAUAGUCUUGUCUAAUGUCUAUUUAUUGUCAAAAUCCUUUUUUUCCUGUAUAUCGGUUUACUGAUUUAUACCUGCUGCCGGCAGUGUCUGUAUAUUUUGGUCUUUUUGUGACAAACUUUAAAGAAAUGUGCUUUUAUUAAAUCAUAUCUAUAAUCCAUAAGAGAUUUUUUUUUUGCAGAUGUAAAUUUCUUAGAGUACAUGUGGUUCCUUUUUUCUUGAGCUGUGGUUGAACUAUGGUGAAUGGUGCUUCCUUUUUUUUUAACCACUUGAGACCUACAAAAAAAAAACUCAUUACACUUUCAUGUAUUGUUCUGUCUGUAAACAAAUAUAAAUUCUUUAUUGAUCAUCAGCUGACACCAUGCAAAAUUAAACAAUCCAUGUUUUAA